AUGAACAAGAUUGAUAUAGAGAACAACACGGCCGUAAUGGAGUUCAUCCUGGUUGGACUAUCUGCAGCAACUGAAAUACAGAUACUUCUCUUCUGGAUAUUCAUGUUCAUCUACUCUACAGCCAUAACUGCCAACUUCAUCCUCAUCCUUACCAUAUGCACUUUCAGGAAACUCCACACACCCAUGUACUUCUUCAUUGUCAACUUGUCCUUAGUGAACAUAUUCUCUAUUUCAGCUACAACACCUACAAUGCUCCAGAAUCUUUGGACUGGAAGAAAGACCAUCUCAUUUUAUGGUUGCUUUACUCAGGUCUAUUUGUUUAUAUGGGCUUUGGGGACAGAAGUUUCACUUCUCUCGUUUAUGGCUUUUGAUCGCUAUGCUGCUAUUUGUCACCCUUUGCAGUACACCAUGAUCAUGAGGAAUCAAGUUUGUGCUUGCAUAGCUAUUGGAGUGUGGGUUGUGGGACUGGUUAAUUCCUCAACUCAAUUUGGACUUUUGAUGCAGGUCACUUUUUGUAACUUCAAUGUCAUCAAUCAUUUCUUCUGUGAUGUACCCCCUUUAUUACAUCUCUCAUGCUCAGAUAUAACUUUAAAUGAGUUUGUGUUAUCUGCCUCAGGUGUGAUAUUAGGAGUUGGUUGUUGUGGGUUGACUCUAACAUCAUAUUUUUUGAUAAUAAGAGCUAUCUGCAGAAUCCGUUCCACUGAAGGGAAGAAGAAAGCAUUCUCCACCUGUUCCUCACAUUUUACUGUGGUCAGCAUUUUCUAUUCCUCAGUCAUCUAUGCAUAUAUCAGACCCUCUUCAGCCUACUCUCCAGAACAAGAUAAGAUAAUUGCUCUCCUAUAUUCAGUGGUAACUCCUCUGGCUAAUCCAGUCAUAUAUUCACUGAGAAACAAGGAUUUUAAGGAAGGAAUGGUCUUUCUUCUAGUCAAAAGAUUGUGGAGCAAUUUAGGUGUUGUAGCUGAAAUAGAGAAUACAUUCACCGAGGAUAAAUUGACAAUGAAGAAGUACAUGGGUGUGUGGAGUUUUCUGAAAGUGCAUAUGAAUGAUUUCCAAAUUCCAAUCAUUUCUUUGGCAUCUGAGAAGGAUGAGAUUGUAUUCCUUUCUACCAGCAUAAUGUCUGCUAAAAACUAG